AUGAACAUAUUUCGCAAACUCCGUGGUAAGGCCAGCCGGAGCAGCCGUGGCAAAGAGCCCGCGCCAUCAGCGCCGGCCACGAUAGCAGAGAGCAAAAGUGUUAACCCGUCCCCUCCCCCUGGCGCCAUGCAUAUCAGCGAGGUGAAGCGGUCACCCACCCUGCGAUCAUCUAUCCGCAAGCCCGGUUCCGAGACCCAGUUUAUUACCAUUAUGGUCGCGAAUGCCAAAGGCGCCGCCGACUACUUGCGUCUUUACAGGCUACUGCAGCGAGAAACGGAUUACGGAAGCGAGUUCGACCUGACAGGCGACUACGAGACGGACUACCUUUACGAUGGGUACAUCUACAAUGUCCGCUUUGUUUCCGUGCCGGACCCCACGGGGCCUUGGGCUGCUAACUUGGCUCAUGUCUGUCUUGUUUUGACGUAUGACACCUCGUCAAGGGAAUCGUGGGAUAAACUGGUCGCUAUCUGCGAGGGGAUGCGAAGUCGCAGCGAAGAUGGGGUCCUCUCCCCUUAUCCUUUUCUUGCGACGGUGAUUGUCGCCAUGGGUGAAGGUGAAGGUGAAGGUGAAGAAGGCCCCAUGUCUGUGUCGCAAGGAGAAGCCGAGGCAUUUGCAACCCAGCGGAAGUGUCUCUUUGUCGAGGUUUCGCGCAGAACUGGGCGCGGUGUUUGCGAUGCGGUCGGCUCACUGGUUGAGCGGGCGCACGGCGCUCGUGGGCAAUAUCCUAUGGAUCAGGAGGGGGAGCCCCAGAGGUAUAAGAGGGCGCAGGUAUUGAAGGCAUUAUUUUCACCAUAG